UGCAGACAUAUAAGUGGUGGGUACAGUAGGUUUAUAAACGAAGUUUAAGCUUGUGAACUCAAGUUUUAGUUUAUAAACAAAGUUUAGAAUCGUAGGUUCUCUUCAACCUUCAAUUGUUAGUUCACUUUUUUCAUUUUUCUGACACUUUGUCAUACUUGCAUAUCUAUCAAUGUCUGAAGAAGUUACCUAUGCAGAUCUGAAAUUCCAGGACACCAAUAAGACAGAAAAUACCCAAGAACUUGACAAAUUUGGGAAGAAAGCUGCUACCCCUUCCCAAGUGUGGCGCCACGCAGUCUUGCCUCUGGGUUUUCUGUGCCUUCUGCUGUUCAUUGGGAUGGGAGUCUUAGGAGGCAUGUUUUACAAAACUUUGAAGAUAGAAAUGGAAAAAUUCAGUAAACUACAAAAUAUCAAUGAAGAACUUCAGAGAAAUGUUUCUCUACAAAUUAUGAAUAACACAAGUAGCUCCAACAAGUUGAGGAACCUCUCCAACACACUGCAAAAAAUAGCCACCAAAUUAUGUUAUGAGCUAUAUAGACAUAAAUCAGAGCACAAAUGUAAACCUUGUCCAACGGGAUGGAUAUGGCAUGAAAAGAGCUGUUAUUUGUUAAGUCAUGAUGGACAAACAUGGCAAGAGAGUACAACGACAUGUCUUUCUCAUAAUGCCAGCUUGUUGAAGAUUAACAACAAGAGUGCACUGGACUUUAUAAAAUCCAAGGAAUUAUAUGACUAUUGGCUGGGAGUAUCUCCCCAAAAAGAAUACACAUACUUUAAAAAUUUGGAUGACAUUUUAAACUCCUCUGCCUGGAUUAUAAAAAACACAAAUGACUUACCUAAUAUGUAUUGUGGAUAUAUACGUAAAACAUCUGUUUAUUAUACAUACUGUACAUAUGGAAAAAAAGCGCUAUGUGAGAAGAUGGCCAAUCCAGUGAAGAUUGAAAGUACGUUAACGAGUGACAUUCCAGAUGAAAGAAUGUAGUUAGUGCAACUAUUUUGCUUCAGUUAAUAUCUUGCAAGUGCAGGUGACUUUAAAAAACUUGGAAACCACACAAAUGGAAUAAAAAUCCUGUGACACUAAAUUUUUUACUCUCUCCAGACAUUUACAUCUUGAAACUUCCUUCUUUCUCCUAAUUUGCUAAGUCUAAGAAACAUAAAAUCAGACCUCAUCAGUUAUAUACAGUCCAGACAUUGCUCAGCAUUAAUGUAGGGUUUCCUGGCUUGGCACCCAUAGCACAAUGAUUACACGGUGCCAGACACAUGCACUGAGGCUGGCUGGUUCGAACCUGGCCUAGGCUAGCUAAAACAACAGUGACAAUUGUAACAAAAAAGUAGCCGGGUGUUGUGGCAGGUGCCUGUAAUCCCAGCUACUUGGGAGGCUGAGGCAAGAAAGUCGCUUAAGCCCAGGAAUUUGAGGUUGCUGUGAGCUGUGAUGCUACAGCACCUUACCGAGGGUGACAUAAUGAAACUCUGUCUCAA